CAGCUGACGUCUCUUUAUUUACAGUCUGGGUCGAGAAGGACAAGAAGUAGGUGUUGCGUCGCCUCGCUCCUCCUGCCCACCAGUGACGUGAUAUUGUAUUAACACUUGCCAACACUACUGCAAUUACCUGACUCUUGCACUUAAUUACUGAGGAACGGGUCCAAGAUGGUGGCCCUCCUUUGACCCCACCCCUCCACGGCUUCCUCCCCACCACCACCAUGGCUUCCUCCUCCUCCUCCUCCUCUGCCUCCCCCUCCUCCCCAUCCUCCCCCUCCCCCUCCCCCUCCUUGAUGGUGGUGGUGGUGGUGGUACUGCUUCUAACUGUUGGGUCUCAAUGCAGCCUAACCAAGAGCACCACCAGCCCAGGAAUUUAUAUUAAGGUAAGCAGCCCAUUGACUUGUAAUGGCCCCACUGCUGCCACCACCACCACCACCACCUCCACCAGCUACAACACCACCAGCAGCAGGUUUGGGAUCAUCUCGUCACCGAAGAGGCUGGGGCAGAUUAUGUGCUCGUGGGAUAUUGUCAACCCUCAACGAGAGACACUGCUGCUAAGCUUCACCCAGUUUGACCUGUCAGAUGGGCCAUGCAUGGGUUACUCAAGGAGCUGCUGCAGCCACUGGCUCUCUAUAUACGCCAGCGGCACCAAAUCGCUGAAGUAUAGACGAAACGAAAGACCUUACAACCACCUUGAGUCUACCCUUCUUCAGGAGUUCUCAAUGGGACUUCCUGGCGCUGGGGGGAUUCUGGGGGAAAGCGUCUAUGUGGGUCUGAUCCCCCGCCCCGGUGGUCACCCAGGCGUCCAGAGUGCUUCUCAGGUACUCACAGGAGGCUUGGAUUGGGCGCCACUCUCCUGCAGAAAGUGGAUUCAGAAUGGUGUUUUUUGCUUUGACCAAUGGCAGCACCUGUGAGCCUAAUGAGAUCACAUGCAGUACCUCCACCUUGUGCCUGCCACGUGCGCACCUGUGUGAUGGCCAGGUGGAUUGUCCUGACCACUCUGAUGAGAUGAAGUGUCCUGCCAAGAGACAGCAUGCCCAGAAAGGUGUGUGUUGGCAAGAAAGUUUCUACAUAGAGUGUGAUGGAGUGUGGCAGUGUGCGGAAGGGGAGGAUGAGAAGGGGUGUCUUGGGUGUGGUGCUGAUGAGUGGUACUGUGGUGUGGGGCAGGAGUGCUACACGGCAUCACAGCGCUGUGAUGGAACCCUCCAGUGCUCCAAUGCUGUGGAUGAACUCUCCUGCAAUACCAAGUGCCAGAAUGAGGUUGCCUGCUGGGGGGCGGCUGUUACCCCUUCUACCAGCGGUGUGAUGGCUCUCCUGACUGUGGUGACGCAUCUGAUGAGGCCAACUGUUCCCCUUUGCUCUGUAAUGGCAAGAAUGGCACUUUCCUGUGUAACAACCGGCGGUGCAUCCGAGAGACCUGGAGGUGUGACCAGCUGGACGACUGCCGGGACGGAAGCGACGAGCAGGACUGCCUCAGGAACUCAGUGAUAGGUGUGGCAGCGAUGGGAGGACUAAUGUGCUCCUUGAUGCUGGUGGUGGCUGUGGGCUGCACUGGGAGGCUCUACGCGCUCAAGAUGGGCCUGACACGCUUGCAGAGUCAGGGUCGGGGCAGGGGCGGGGUGCAGCAGGGGGUGAAGGUCGUGGUCCCCCUGCCCCACGAUCAAGGCUGGAGGAACACUUGCUGCAGAGAGAGAUGCCGCCGUCGUAUGAUGUCGCUGUGAAUGAUGCGUCCAGCUCGCUGUUCGGCAUGUGGGGGUGUCACCGUCCCUGGCGCCGCCCCUCAGUGCCGCAGGAGAGGGACCAGACCCCCCUCCCCCAGAGUGCCAGUAUAUGGAGGCACUCCCCCACUGGAGCCCCGUCGCCCCCACCCCUCCUCCCAGCUGACCGGAGAGGAGGUGGAGAAAGUGGAGGAGGGUGGAGAUGUGGACUUCUUCUCCACGCAAGAGGAGGAUGUGCCCCUGCUCACAAAUCUGGUGGAAGGCGGUUACCAUGGCGAUGAGGAGAGGAGGCAGCAGGAGGAGGAAGAGGAGGUGGUGGAGGAGGAGGAGGAGGAGGAGGAGGAGGCAGAUGAUGUUCCUCUUCUCCUGGACCUCAUCUCCACCUCCUCCACCUCCACAUCUUCCUCCACCUUUGAACUGGACUCAGAUGAAGAAAUAACAAACAAGAGGCAAGAAGAUGUUUUGGUGGAGAUUACAAGGCACCCACCACACCACCCUGAACUGAACCCCCCACACCACUCUCAAGGGGAUGAUGGCUCUCCUGCACCUCCUCCUCCCUCCUCUGUGUUUUCCUGAAGGAGGGGAUGUGCUGUCAGAUACAAGGGCUGCUGUGUUGGCUCUGAGUGCUGUUCAGUCACACAUGGACAGCAUCACUCACUCGGAUACAGAGUUGAUUAGUCAGUGAGUGUGUGUGUGUGUGUGUGUGUGUGUGUGUGUGUGUGUGUGUGGAUCAGUCAGUCAGUCAGUGAGAAAGGGAGGCAAGGAGGGAAUGUGUGUGUGUUUGGGUGACUGUGUGUAUGUGUGUGUGUUGCUUAGAAAUUAUAGAUAAAAGAUGAGAGAGAGAGAGAGAGAGAGAGAGAGAGAGAGAGAGAGAGAGAGAGAGAGAGAGAGAGAGAGAUACAA